AUGUCGUGUUCAAAUAGCAUAUGGCCUACUAUAUCCAACCUAAGCGGAUCAUUAUCCUUUUUCACCUCUGUCGUUUCGCUGUUCCCGCAGAUCAUUGAGACUUAUAGAGAUAAAACUGUCGAUGGGUUGUCACCAUAUUUUCUAUUGGCCUGGCUAUGUGGGGACAUUACCUCCUUGAUCGGGGCCAAGUUAACGGGGCAAUUAUUAUUUCAAAUAGUCCUAGCGAUCUAUUUUCUGGUAAACGAUUCGUUUGUAUGCGGCCAGUACUAUUAUUAUGGCGUGAUACAUAAAAAUAAAUUAGCGACUAUUGGCCAUGAGCCUAAACCCCUCCUUCCUGAAUUGGCAGAAAAUGGUCAACUUCUGAGGGAUGAGGAAGAUAUUAUUCGUAGCGGUAGCGCGGGAAGUCGCAGAAGCAGCAGAAGGAGAUCUGCCAUUACGGCCGCCUUGGCAAUAGCCCACACACUAAGCACAGCUAGUGCAUAUCCUCUGAACAUAGCUUCUGAUCCAUCCUAUGUGGGACCACCUGGAGAUGGUUUCCCUGCGCACGGCAAAACCAGCGAACUGGGCACAAUCCUAUCCUGGAUUGGCGCCUCGUUCUAUGUGGGUGCACGUAUCCCCCAAUUAAUCAAGAACUAUAAUAGAAAAUCUACAGACGGAUUGUCCCCGUUCCUGUUUGCUACAACAUUAUUCUGCAACAUCACGUACAACGUGAGUAUUUUUACAAGUUGCCAGUUCUUUACUACUCCGAACAAAACACAAUUUAUCAUAAACGAGUUACCAUUUAUUUUCGGAAGCGCUGGAACUAUUGCAUUUGACUUGAUAUAUUUCUACCAAUACUACGUGCUUUACGCGACAGACAUGCAGCUCAGAGAACUAGAAAGAGAGAUAUACGAACCUGAAGAAGACAACGUGAGACCAGAAGCUACCGAGAAUACAUCCUUGUUGUCUGGUGAAACCCAAACGUAG